AUGUCAUUUUCAAAUGAAAUGAAACGAUCUGGUUGCCUUCUCCGGUUCUCCCCAAGCAAACACGGACUAGGGCCUGCGCCGCGGCGGCGGCGGCGGCGGCGCUGCUUUUCCCCGGCGCGCCCCGUCCCCGGCAGCGGCUCCUCCGGCGUGGUACCUCCCAAGCGCUUCCGAUCCUCGACAUGACACUGGCACCAACCGGUCUCCAUGACGGCGACAUCCAACGCCGCCGCCGGCGCGGCCACGCUGAUGCCGCUGCUGAUCCACCUCCUUCGCGGCGCCUCCGACCUCGCCUCCGUGUCCGCCACCCACGCCAAGCUCCUCAAGCUCGGGGCGGCCUCCUCGGUCGCCUCCUCCAACCACCUCCUCGCGGCGUACGGCCGCUGCGGCUGCACCGCCCUCGCGCGCCACCUGUUCGACGGAAUGCGCGACCGGAACGUCGUCUCCUGGACGGCCCUCAUGUCCGGGUACGCCAGCGCCGGCCGGCCCCGGGCGGCCGUCGCCCUCCUCCGCGCCAUGGCACGCAGCGGCGUGCCACCCAACGCCUUCACCUUCUCUACAGCUGCCAGCUCGUGCGCGCGCCUGGCUGACGCCGGCCUUGGGCGGCAGGUGCAUGCCCGCGCUGAGGUCGCGGGGUACGCGUGCGACAGCGUCGUUUCCACUGCGCUCGUCGACAUGUACGGCAAGGCCGGCAGGGUCGGGGACGCCCGCGCUGUGUUCGACGCAAUGCCCGUGACGGCGAGAAACGCGGUUUCCUGGGCCUCGAUGCUGUCGGUGUAUGCGCAGAACGCGCUCGGGCAUGACGCUAUCCAGCUCUUCGCCGAGCUCAGAACCAAUGGCGAAGACAUGGCGCCCAACCACUUCAUGCUGUCAAGCGUGGUGAACGCGUGCGCGGGCGUCGGGCGGCUUGGCAUCGGCAAGUGCAUUCACGGCAUGGUCCUCCACCAUGGGCACGAAGACAAUGACGUGGUUGCAGUGGCUCUGGUUGACAUGUACUCCAAAUGUGGCAUCUACGAGUACUCAAAGAAGGUGUUCGACAGGAUCAACCAGCCGUCGGUCAUCCCCUACACCUCCAUCAUCGUGGCGACGGCGAAGUACGGCCUCGGCAGGUGCGCACUCGCUUUGUUCAGUGACAUGGUUGGCCGAGGCGUGCAGCCAAACAGUGUCACACUGCUCGGCGUCCUGCACGCUUGCAGCCACUCAGGUCUGGUCGACACCGGCCUCCAGCUCCUCCGUUCAAUGCGAAGCGAGUACGGCAUUGAUCCAUGUGCCAGCCACUACACUUGUGCUGUCGACAUGCUCGGUCGUGCAGGUCAGCUCGAGGCGGCAUUCGAGCUGGCCGACGAAGCACAGGUCAAUGGCAAUGACGCCCUCAUGCUGUGGAGCUCAUUGCUGUCAGCUUGCCGGAACCACAAGCGCCUGGACCUAGCAACCAUGGCUGGGCAGAAGGUAUCAGAGUUCACCCAAGAUGUGGCCGGCGCACUGGUGGUCAUGUCGAACGCAUACGCUUCAGCCGGUCAAGCCGACGACGCUGCUGCGGUGUGGUCGAACAUGAGGCGGCGCGGCAUUCGGAAGGAUCCCGGGUGCAGCUGGAUCGAGAUAAAGGACAUCUCCUACGUGUUCUACGCUGGCAUGGUAUCGCCUGCCGGCUCAAGGGCCGGUGAGGUGAUGCUGCUGUUAGAUGAAUUGGAGGGCAAGAUGAGGGAGAAGGGUUACAAGGGGAGAAUUGGCAGUGCCAGAGUCCUUGAUGCUGAUGAAGAAGAGGAUGGAAAUCAUCAUCAUCAGGAAGGCAGAGGUGUGAUGGUUGGAGUGCACAGUGAGUUGCUGGCAUUGGGGCUUGGAUUGCUGGUGAUCCCCAAGGGGAUGGCCAUUAGGGUGAUGAAGAACCUGAGGAUGUGCCGUGACUGCCAUGAAGCGUUUAAGGUCAUCAGUGCCAUUGUGGAGAGGGAGUUCGUUGUCAGGGAUCUCAACAGGUUCCACCACUUCAGGAUGGGGUCAUGUUCUUGCAAUGACUACUGGUGAUUCAAUCAAAGGCUAGAAUCAGUUACUCCCAUCUUGCAAUGAUUACUGGUGAUUCAAUCAAAGGCUAGAAUCAGUUACUCCCACAGUCCUAAAAUAUAAGAACCUAAAACCGGAUGUGACAUUUCCUAGUAUAAUGAAUCUUAAGAGGCACUAAAAAAUGUCUCAUUCAAUUCUAGGUUCUUCUAUUUUGGGACGGAUGGAGUAGUAGGAAGAAACCAGGUCAUGUUCUUGCAAUGACUACUGGUGAUGCAAUCAAAGGCUAAAUCGGUUGGUAGUUGUGAUCUUUUUGACAUAAAAGGAAGACAGCCUUGACAGAAUUUCUUUGUGUAGAUGCAGAACUGAAGUGACUUCUUUCGUUGCGAGCCUGUAGGUAGGUACCAAAGGUCCACAGCAUUGCUUGAAAAUAUAGACACAAACGAACAUGGCCUGGGGUUGGAGUUGGCCCCAACUUUGUUGAAACUGGGUUUGUUUUAUGAUAUGUCUUUGUGCUCUAGUAAUAAAUAUUUGAUAUUUAUGAUAAAGUUUGAUCAAACUCUUAAAUUUUGAUUAUCAA